AUGGCAUCAUCCACGAGCUCGCCUUUGGCGUUCCUCUCCAACAAUCCCCUCUCACAGUCUGUUUCCGAUGUCCUGAGGUCCUUCUCAGACCGCCGGGCCAAGCUUGGCCUGUCCAACCCGGGCUCAGUCGAAAACUUGGCCAAGGAGGUCCAGCGCGAUGUCCUCCUCAACAACUACAUGUUCACUGGCCUCCGCGGCGAUCUCACCAAGAUCUUCAGCUUCUCUCCCCUCUUCCAGGCCUCUCACCAGUUUGCCAUUGGCGAGCGAUUGAACCCAUAUACUUUCGCAACGCUCUAUGGCUCCAACAAGGUCUUCCUCCAGGGAAACAUCGACAACGAGGGCCAGCUCUCUGCCCGCUUCAACUGGCGAUGGUCGGAUUCUUUCGUCACCAAGUCCCAGGUCCAGAUUGCUCCCGGCACUGGCCAGGACAUGGCCCAGUUCGAGCACGAGUACAACGGCAGGGACUUUGUCGCCUCCCUCAAGAUGCUGCAGCCCUCCUUCCUCGAGUCCGGCCUGACUGGCAUUUUCAUAGGUAGUUACAUGCAGUCGGUCACCCCCAAGCUCGCCUUGGGUAUGGAGGGAAUCUGGCAGCGCGCCGGUCUCUCGCAGGGCCCCGAGACCGCCGUCUCUUACUGCGCCAGGUACAAGACGGAGGAUUGGAUUGCCACAGCCCAGCUCCAGGCCCAGGGAGCCUUCAACGCCACCUUCUGGAGGCGACUGACCGAUAGGGUCCAGGCCGGUGUCGACAUGACCCUCUCGGUCGCCCCCAGUGCUAACCCCAUGAUGGGCGGCGGCUUGCAGAAGGAUGGUAUCACCACUCUGGGCGCCAAGUACGACUUCCGAAUGUCGACCUUCCGUGCCCAGAUCGACUCCAAGGGCAAGCUUGGCGUCCUGCUGGAGAAGCGCAUUGCUGCCCCGGUCACCAUGACCUUUGCCGCCGAUGUCGACCACGCUACUCAAGCUGCCAAGAUCGGCCUCGGCAUCUCCAUCGAGGCUGGCGGUGAGGAAUUGCAGGAGCAGCAGGAGGCACUGGGUGUGCAGCCGACCUCGCCCAACAUCCCCUUCUAA